UUCAAAAAACUGUUUUGCCUGUCAUCUCUGACUUCAUCCUAUUAUAGAUCCAUGAAGUAAGUAUGAAGAGAAACCAGUACAGGCCAAGUGGACCGAGUACCAGCACACAGGUUCUGGUCCCAGCUCUAUCACUACAGCUUUGUAUCCUUGGGCAAACUAGUAUCAAUAAAAGAUGGAGUCUUUAAUACAUUAACGGUUUUCAAAGCCUAAUCAUAUAGAAAGACCUGUGUUAUACCACCAAUACAACUGAAUAAUGACCCCUUCCAUCAAUAUCAGACAAUAAGUUUUGGACAGAAUAUUUUCAACUUAAGUUUUUUUCUCCUGUACAUUCUUCAAAGAUCCAGACUGCUGAUGUUUUAAAAACCCAAAACACGGCACUAUUCUGCCUGGUUUAUCAAAAUUUUUUAAAUACGGCACAGACUCAUUUUUUGCUAGCAAAACUGCUUAUAAUGGCACUAAAUACACUAACAUACUGUGUUUUAGUACGAAGCAAUAAUUAAUACUCAGAGUACUCUCAGGAAAUCCGCAAGCUGAGUAAAUCUGAAAAGAUCUUGUAACCACCCUUCCAAUCGACUUAGUAGGGUUCUACGGCCCUAAUUAAAAAACAAGAAAACUUUAGCACUCAAGUCCAAAGGGGACUGCCCAACUCAGUCUCAGGCUUCAAUUUUGCACCUGGGAAAAAAGAAACACAAAAGGGAAAUGCUGCCUUCUUGGCUCUGGGGGUGGUGACGGGAGAGGGGCCCACUGAGGAGCGAUUUCAAUUAAAGGGUCGGACAAAGCCGUCUCGGGUCCCUAGCAGUCUCCGCACUCACUGCCUCCUUCUCGAACAUGCUAGGCCUCCUCUCUUUCCUAGGCGUCACCGGCGCCUGCUGAGAGCUCUGGUUCGGGGUCUGGAUGAGGCUCGACUUCACGCCUCGGCCUCGCUUCUCCAUCUCGCUCUGUUCCCCAAGACUCCCUCCGCCUCUCCUCCGCCGACCGUCAAACGCCUCAGCCGCUGCCGCGAGGCCGGAAGUCUCCCACCUGCGCCUGGUACGGUCGGAAGUGCCUGCUGGGGCUCCAAGGCGUCUGGAGGCGGGGCGCGCAGGUGCCUGCGUCAUUCAUGCGCGCCGCAGCGGGGCACCGGAAGUUAUGGAGGUAUUAAUAGGGGACCCUAUUACCACAUGUCUUUCUCCCUCAGUGUAUGAUAUAAUUUGUAAUCUUGGGUUUCAACUCAGAGAAAAUUGUGAUAUCAAUAGCAUUGUUACUCAGAAUGGUGAAGUAUGCUGGAAAACAAUCACAGACUGUGUGAGCUACACAGAGUCAGAUCAGGGUCUGGAUUACUGGGGAAGCGUGAGGCUGCUUGGCCCUGUGUGUGAGGCCGUCCAUUCACAUUUCUUAUCUUUGACCAAGGGACAAUUUGAAAUUCGAUAUGCACCGUGGUUCCAGUGGACAAGUUUUCCAGAGUUAUUUCCUGAAAUAUUUGAUGCCUUGGAAAGUCUACAAUCUCCCGCUAUUUCUCUUAGCUUAAUGAAACUGACAUCGUGUCUGGAACGAGCCUUGGGUGAUGUAUUUUUACUGAUUGGGAAGGAAUGCCCGUUUCUUUUAAGAGAUCUGCUUGCAUCUGAGGAACUUGCUCAAGUCUUCGGGCAGUCUGUGAUGAAUGUGCUAAAAGUCUUUGUUGGCUCUCCGUGUGGUCUCAACCUGCGUAACGUCUUAUGGCAUGGGUUUGCAUCACCUGAAGAAGUUCCUCCAAAAUACUGUUCAAUGAUGAUGCUGUUGGCAGCAGGAUUGGGUCAGUUACUGACGAGUUACCUUCAAAAAACUAAACUUACAUUGGCACAUCGCUCUUUCAUAACUCCUACAAACCUUGAGGAUUUGAUUGUUUUUCCUGAUGUUACUUAUGAGGUGCUCUCAGUAUUAGAAGAAGCGAUGACGAAAUCUUCUUUUAUAUUAAAAAUCAUGUUACCAUAUUGGGAAGUUGCACUGGUCAAGUUCAAGUCACACAGGUUUGCUGACUGUGCCAUAUUGUUGCUGACACAACUAGAAACUGGACUUAGGAAUGUUUUUGCGACACUUAACAAGUGUCCAAAAAGACUCCUGACUGCUGAGUCAACAGCUCUUUAUACUACCUUUGAUGAAAUAUUGGCAAAACACUUGAAUGAUGGUAAAAUCAAUCAGCUUCCUCUUUUCCUUGGAGAGCCUGCUAUGGAAUUUCUCUGGGAUUUCAUGAACCAUCAGGAGGGUCCCCGCAUAAGAGAUCAUUUAAGCCACGGGGAGAUCAACUUACAUGAAUUUUCAAAAGAAACAACUAAUCAGUUGCUUGCAUUUUCUGUUGUGCUGUUACUCAGAUUCGUUGAUGAAGGUCUGCUAUCAGUUUUUAAGGAAAAAGCAUCAGUAAAAUUGUUGAUUAGUCUUGCAGAAGGCUAUAGUUCUCGCUGCCAUCCAGUUUUUCAGCUUAAGAAACAGGUGCUGAGCUGUGAGGAGAGUAUCAGGGUUUGGGCUCUGCCUUUCCCGAAGAACUCACUUGGGAGCAGUCUCAGAUUAGAAGAUAAUUCUGAAACAAAUGCCUGCCACUCUUUAAUUACAAAAAUGAUUGAUGAGCUGUAUCACCAUAUGCCUGAGGAUCAUUGUGUUUUAAAGGACUUGGAUCAUCUUCCUACUGAGACGUGGCCCCAGCUGCUCCCUGAGCUCUGCAGCACACCCAUUCGUACCCUGUUCUGCCCCAGGAUUGUGCUGGAAGUGCUGGUUGUGCUCCGAAGCAUCGGCAAGCAGUGCCACCGUGUCUGGCUAGGUCACUGCUGGCUCCCAGAACUGAGACACAGGCAGUGGGUAGAGAGGACGCUGCGGUCUCGCCAGCGGCAGAACUACCUGCGUAUGUGGAGUAGUAUCAGACUACUGUCCCCUGUGCUCAACCUGAUCCUGUUAUCCAUUACGCUGGAGUUGGUCAAUGUUCAUGCUGUUUGUGGAAAGAAUGCGCAUGAGUAUCAGCAGGUAGUACUUCCAAAGUUUGUAAAGUCGAUCUUGCAGUACACUGAGAACCUGGGCUUAAGCACCAGUUACUAAAAGAACAAGUGGAAUGAAACUAUCAAUCUUACACAUACAGUUUUGUUGAAAAUUUGGACUUUUAGUGAGAAGAAACAAAUGUUAAUACAUUUAGCCAAGAAAUCCACAAGUAAAGUACUAUGAAAAACCUAUAAGUCAGGAU